AUGGGCCAGGCGCGUAGCCGCAUCGGUCAUCUGUUGCACCAGAUCUCCGAAAACUCGGCGCUGCAGGGAGUACGGGGACUCCGCACGCUCGCAGAUGCGUGGAAGAAUCCGGAUAAAAAGCCGUAUCUCCCCACCAUCAUGCACCCCGCGGCCUAUACGCCGCCGGGCAUGGAGUUCGCGGACACCUCGCACCUGCCGCCACCUCUGGGGCGACGCCCGGGCAUGUUGCCCUCGCAGCCGCUCCACAAGGCCACGCGCCCGCUCCAGGACCUUAAUGGUCCACGCCGUGCUCAGCCGAGAACGUGUGACCCGCCCGAGCGUCACCGUGAUUGGUGGAGGUCAUACCAAGACCGCAUCCCGCCGUGGAUGGAACGGGACCAGGAUGGAGGUCCAACGCUGGAAGCUGCCCAGCUGUUUGUAUACUCGUGGCACCCGAUCGCGCGAGACCGCACGAACCAAGAGCGCGCGCGGUGGGUCGCUCUGACCCUCACCCUCUUUUCGGUGCCCGGCCUAUACCGGCACAUCCUGGCCCAGUGGCAACUGGACCCCACUGGUCCGUACGCCCACGCGUACUAUCCCGGCUCGUUGGGCGUCGACGACAUCACGGUCUUCCACGUCGCGCACUGGUACGCAGUGCAAGGCAUCACCCUCACCCUCGCCGAUCGGAUGCAGCGAUCCGCGCAUCGUGCCAGGGUGCAGCUGGAGGGCAUGGACCAUAACUCCGCCGUCCUACCGUUCGCGGGCAUCGUCUCCAUUGCGGGAGCAGGGCCCGUGCCCCCAGUCGCGGCUCUAACGCUGCGGGGCCUCGCUGCCAACCCGACGCUAGCGUUCGCGCCUGCGAACCCCACCACUCCGCAACACCCCGUACCCGUCCCCGCCGCCGCGCCUACUACCCCACACGUCCAGAUGGACGUGGACACCCUACCGCCGCCGGAUCAGGCAUCGCCGCCUCCUGCCUCCACCAACAAUGUCGACGGCACGGAGGCGCGACAAGAGGGAGGUGAAGCGCGGGGAACUCCGAACGCGGAGGAGGCGGAGAAGUCGGCCGAGGAGGAGCAGUGA